CAAGUAAAACAGCCUCUGGUUUAGGACAGGAUGUGUUAUUGUUGUGCAGCAUUUUAUGAGAAGUCAUACUAAAGUCAAUGUACUGUAUGACAGACAGUUUGGUUACACUACAGCUGCACCCCUUUCACACAGUUUCAUUUACAGCCACUGCCUCAAAAAAGCACAUCCUCUCCCACCACUGACAUGUGAGUAACAGCUCUGGGUGUGAAAAGACUGACUGGUACCUCCCCCUCUCAGUCUGCAAUAUUAAAAGUGCUUUAUGAGAGUUGUGGGGCAGCAUGACUUCUUCUAAGGGCUGAAGUGAUGUCCGGGCUGAGGAUGAAGCUGACGCUGCUCAUUGUGUUUCUGCUCAGGUCCAGCUGGCUGCAUGGAAAUCCCACCACAGGAGUGGACCACGAUCUCCACUGUGUGACUGAUUACUUGGUCACCGUCAACUGCACCCUGAACAUCGCUCCAUCAGGAAACAUUUCAAACAGCAGCAGCUCCUACUGGCUCAAUUUCACAGAAACAUUUACAAAAGAUAACUAUUUGUGCAUGCUGACAAACACCACAGAGGGUUAUUUCUGCUCCUUUAAAACAUCCGACUCUUUUCCUGAUGAAGACUAUGAUUACUCAGCAACCUUUGCAGAUUUAGACUCCUAUGAAAUCUGCCUUUGUCUUGGUGGAAGCGAUGCCUGUGUGCUGCUGGAUGAAGAAUUUUCGCCUACGAUGAACAUUAAACCAAACACACCGUGCUGCCUCACCGUGAACCAAAAUUCAAGUCAACAUCACUUUACAUGGAUGAGCACCUAUGAGAAGUACAGUCUGUCUAAGGACCUGCGGUAUCAGCUCCACUUCUACAAAAGAGGAGACAAACACAAGGACACAUUGCGUGAUAUUAACACAGACACUGAACGCUAUUCUGUGGAUGAUGAGUGGUUUGUGCCAGACACUGAGUACGGUGCCAGAGUACGGUCCAGUCCUAAUAUGGCUCAUUACCAGGGCCAGUGGAGCGACUGGUCUGCUGAGGUUCACUGGAAGACAGAACCAGUCGAGGACGGUUUUGCACCAAACAUUAUCACGUCUGAAGUGGGUAAGAAGGUGUUCAUCCCCUUAGGUGUGAUGGCACUACUGGUCAUACUUCUCUGCUACGCCCCUGCUAAAAAGUGGAAGCAAAGUGCCUUUAUUCCAAAUCCAGCUCCAUAUUUUGACACACUGUACAACGACUGCCAGGGAGAUUUCAAGAGCUGGGUGGUUACACAGGAAAGCACGGCAGCCAUGUCGAAAGCAGAGGAAACGCUGCACAUCGACACCCUGACCAAAUGUGCAGACGCCCAGGAGGAAGAGAAGGAGGAGCGUCCGCCCCAACUUCACCUGCAGGUGAUGGAGGACAGCGCGUACAGCAAUAUGACAAUCCCAGUGUGUGAUGAAGCUCUGCUGGGCGUCCCGUAUGCCGUCUCCACUAUGGCUCCACCGUCGGACCAGAAGGAUGAUCUGGAAAGUCUGACCCUGAGCUCAGGGCCGCAGAGUCCAGGUGCAGACUCGGGCUGUUGGCUCAGCAGCAACACGUCCCUGGAGAACCUGGAGAAGGAUCCUCCAUGGUACUGCAAUGAGUACUGCACCCUGAGCGCCUUCCAGCAGUCUGGUUCUGUCACAGCAGGGUACUGUGGGAGCUUGUAAACAAACAGGCAGUGGAUGAGGAAGCAUAAAAUUCAGUUUUUGUAGGACAGCAAAAGGGGGAAGUCGUAUUUUAAACCAUGUAAGGCCCUAAAGUUAAGUGAAAUGGGUGGACAGAAGAAAAUGUAAUACUUCUGCACGUUCCAAGUGCUUAAAACUCAAAGUAGCCACAGUAUGCAAAGAUAUUUAGUCAACAGGGCUGCAACUAAUGAUUAUUCCCACUGUCUUGAUUGUUACAUUAGUCAUCCGCUCUAUAGAAUGUCAGAAAAUUGUGAUAAAUACAACCCAGCAUGACAUCCUCAAGUGUCUUUUUUGGCCCUAAACCUGAAAAUAUUAAGUCUACUGCCACAGAAAAAUGGGGGGAAACUGAGAAUGUUUAAAUACAUAUCACGCUGGGAUUUCAUUUUUCACGUUUUCUUCAGAAAUUUCUCAAAUUACCAUGAAAACAGCAUGAUUCAUUUAAUAAAUGUCAAGCGAUUAUUCACUGCAGCUCCACUGACCAUUUUAAUAAACAAGCUCAUAUUUUUGCAGCAUGUUUCUUAGUAUUUUGCAUAAUUUACAUAAGUACUAAUUGCAUAACUUUGUGCUUUUGCUAAGGGGUUGACUGAAACGAAUUGGGCUUAAACAGUUAUUUCAGCCAGCAUUAUGUCCUCGAAUGUUGUCCCCAGCCCACUCAUAUUUAGUUUACAGUCAAUUAAUGGGAAGAAACUGUAAAAUAUUCAACUACAUGAAGCUAAACAUCAACACAACUCAUGAUCAGGAGUCGACAAUUGGUUACUAGUCGUAGCUCUAUUUGCCGUUACUGUUAACAAGCUGCUUAUACAAGUUUUUUGUAUGUUUUUGCACAAUUUACAUGAUAUAUAUUAAUUGCAUUACCUUGUGCUUCUGUUGAGUAAAUGCGUAACGAAACCGCAGCUAAAAACAUCUAACAGAUCUUAAACUUACUUUUGUGACUACAUUUAUAUUGCUUGUCAAGGUAAAGUGAAGUUAUUGUAUACGUUCAUUUUCAUUUCUUUCAAUAAAGAAAACACCACGUUU